UACCUGGGCGGUGUGCGUGCCGGAAGCUCGCGUCGGCUGCCACGCGCAGGAUGGCAAAACGGAAGAGAACAGCUACCAAAGUGACAGAGAAAAAGAAUAAAAAAUGGAAGAAGGCUUCAGUGAAGGAGGUGUGGCCGGCACCCGCAGCCACACCGGGCACCGGGGAAGCACACGCUGAGGGAGGAGCUGUCGGGGGAACCGGACAGGACAUGGCCCUCGAGCUGCCCGAGCUGAGCCCAGAGGAGAAGAGGGUUCUGGAGAGGAAGCUGAAGAAGGAGCGGAGGAAAGAGGAGAGGAAGCAGCUCCGGGAGAAAGGGACAGCCCUGAGCAUGCCGGCCAAGCCCUCCGGGGCCCAGCUCGCCCUGGACUACCUCCGAGGCUGGGCCCAGAAGCACGAGAACUGGAGGUUUCAGAAGACGAGGCAGACCUGGCUGCUGCUGCACAUGUAUGACAGCCACCAGGUUCCCGAUGAGCUUUUCUCCACCCUGCUGGCCUACCUGGAGGGCCUCAGGGGCCGGGCCCGGGAGCUGACGGUGCAGAAGGCCGAGGCCCUGAUGCAGGAGUCGGACGAGGCCGGCGGCGCAGACGCCCUUCCCCUGGGGACGACCCAGCGCAUUCGGCAGGUGCUGCAACUGCUGUCCUAGGGUGCCCAGCUGCCAGGUCACUGCCGCGGCCCCAAGCAGUCCCCGGCCUCUCGGUGCAGCUGGCUGCGUCUUCCCAGCGGCGGGGUCCCGGCGAGGGCAGUGGCCAGCAGGCUGGGGGACUUCCAGGUGCUGGGCUCCUGACCCACGGGAGGACAGACUGCAUGAUGACGGGUUUUCGCGCCCUCAUGGAGGAACGGGAGACGCUGUCCUGGUCUCUCUGGGGCCCUGGGGUCCACAGGGAGGCUGCUCAUCGAGGGGAAGGCCUGUUUUUCUACUGGGAACGUCUUAGCCAUCAGAGCCUGCCCUUCCCUCCAGCCAUGGUCCGUCCACCGUGGGGGCUGAUGGUGGUCUGUCCGGUCCCAGCCACGCACUGCCUGGUCACCUGC